AUGUCUAUGACCUAUGAUUUCUUUACCACGGCACAUGUCCCCACGGAAGUGAUAAAGCUUUUUGCUAAAAAACGCAUUCGGGUGGCAAUGGCGCGGAAGCGAAGAAGAUCAAACGUUGUCGUAGUUACGGCGGAGUGGCGGGCACCGGCGGGGGGUUUGUGGGGGAGCGGGUGGAGGGGGGAGGGAGGGUAUUAUCACGAAUUAUUCACGUGUCAUAAAGCGCAAAUUACAUCAGCAGCACGUGCCCCGACAUCGCAUCGGCAAUAUUGCGAAAAUCCUCCGAGACACGAGAUACGAUUUAAAACAAUCGCCAGUAAAAAACAACCUGAGUGGCGCGUCAUUAACGGAGCUGUAGCGGGAGCGGGUGUCGAGGCGGUAGCGGAGGCGGAGGCGGGGGCGGGUGACGCUCUAAUGACACCUCGUGAAAGGCGAGAUGAGUUAUUUUUGAGAGGAAAAGGCAAACGUCAAGUGGCGCGGUUGUUUUACGUGGUGGCUGCGUUUUGUUCGAACUAA